AUGCAUAAACAAUAUUCAUCGGUGAGCCCCACCGAAGACUGUGUGAAGACUCAGAAUGGACCAAAGAAAUACCGCUACAUACGCAAAGAAGGCAGCUGUAAAGUCGUGUUCCGCCAUGUUCCAGAGGAGUGGCUGCUGUUUGUGACAGACAUCUUCACCACAUUGGUGGAGAUCAGAUGGAGGGUGAUGUUCCUCAUCUUUGCCCUGUCUUACAUCCUGUCCUGGCUCUUCUUCGGCAUCCUCUACUGGGUCAUCGCUCUGGCUCAUGGUGACAUGAAAAAACACACAAAUGACGUCUGUGUGUACGAGGUGCGCAGCUUCACAGCUGCUUUCCUCUUCUCGCUUGAAACUCAAACAACCAUUGGCUACGGUUUCAGAGGAAUGUCGGAGAACUGCAUGACAGCCAUUAUCGUAGUCACUGUACAAGAUGUCAUCAGCUGCUUCAUCGACACAUUUGUCAUCGGAAUUGUUGUCGCCAAAAUGGCCUCGGCCCGAAAGAGGGCGCAGACGGUGGGUUUCAGCAACUGCGCCGUCAUCAAUCUUCGUGACGGCUACUUGUGUCUUUCCUGGAGAGUCGGGGACUUCCGCAGAAACCACCUGGUGGAGGGGACGGCUCAUGCACACAUUGUCCGUUCCGUGGCGCAUGCCACAGGAAAUACAGACGUGAUCUUUGAAGAUCUGGUCAUCCAGCAGAGGGACAUCGUCCUCGUCACACCUACCACCAUCGUCCACAGGAUAGAGCCCAGCAGCCCACUGUACAAGAUGAGCUUGGUAGAUCUGCGGAAAGCAGACUUUGAGCUUGUGGUGUCUUUUACCUACACGGACGACUCCACAGGUAUGCUGCAUCAGACCCGAACCUCGUACACUCCAGAUGAAAUCCUCUGGGGUCAGCUGUUCCAGGAGAUGAUCAGGGUCAGCAGGAGGCACUACAAGGUGGAUUACAUCUUGUUCAAUCACACCACUAAGGUGCAUGUACCUGAGGUCAGCACCGAGGAGUACGAACACAAGAAGCAGCUGCGGCCGUGUCCACAACAUUCACCUAGAUCUUACCCACUCCCCUCUGCAGGGUCACAGCAGCAAAAUCAUCAGGAAAAUCUUCUGAAACCCCCAAUGGUAACUGUGGAACUUGUGAAUGACACUCACCCUGAACCAACUUGUUCAACAUCUCAAGCAGACAAUCAACAUCAAGACACUCCGACUCUGCCAAAUGACCUUACCAGUCAAGAAAUAUAA